AACAAUAGAAAAGUUUAGCGACUCUCCAUAAAACCCCUCACCACCACCCCAAACGCUCGCAGCCUCCACCGGAAAUGAGAGAGAGAGAGAGAGAGAGAGAGAGAGAGAGAGAGAGAGAGAGAGAUACUUUUGUUGUAUGGAAUGGUAAUGGUUUUACAUUCAGUUUGUUUAGUAUGUUUGUAUAUUAUAUGAGACAUAUAAUUUACGAGUGACAUCCAUUUUAUUUACAUUAAUUGUGCAUAUAAAAUUAGAAUUUAUAUUUAUUUUUUGUUAUUUAUUUAUUUGCGCUUACAAAUCUGAGAGGGGCACAUGCCCAAUUUGAAUGAACAUGACUGCUCUGUCUGCAUAAAGAGAUGAAGCACUGUUAAAUGCUGUUUAAUGCUUUAUGUUGCUCUUUUCAGGAAUACUAAACUUCCUGUCUCAUUCUUACGUAUGAACAACAUGGCUGCCAAGACACCUGUCUGUCGAAACACUUUUAUUGACUAAGGCUGGCAGUGUUACAGAAUGAGGCUGAUUAUUGAUCACUGAUCAGAUUUCUUUGCUUUCAUCACUCGUCUGCACUGGACGAGCUACAGGCUGACCGAGGAUGAGCGAGCUGCUGGCCAACAUCUCCCUCCCUUUCUUUCUCUGUCCUCUUUCCUCACCCUCCCAUCAUCUGUCUCUCUUUUACUCUCUAGAGAGGGGUAACCCAGAUUUCAAAAAUGAAUUGCUGCCUAUUUCUCUUCAUCUACCCCCCCACCCCACCCCCUCUCUGUCUGUCUCACUUCUCCUCAUCCCCUCUUUCUGUUGGUAAAAACAGAAUCAAUCUUGGAAAGUGAAAUUCGCCUCUUUUCCUCACCCCCUCUAUACUCUCUAUUGGAUAAAGGAAUAUACGGCCAUACAAUACUCCUUCUUCUUUCUUUCCUGGAAAGCUGCUGUAUCAUCGUUCCCUUCAUUCUUAAUUUCCUUUUUGGGCUUUGAUUCUUUUUUCAGUUGCGUUUCCUCUCUUGUAAACCCUCUGUUUGGUGAGCUUUUUUUCCUUUUCCUUUUUUAUAAGCCAAGGAUUGAUUGCAUAGAAUAACAAGAGCCUUGAGAAGAAGUGAGAGGAAGAGGAGAAACCAUACUGCCACAUUUACAGACAUUUCUCUACUUGUUUAUUCUCCCCCUUUCAUAAAUCCUCUUGUUGGUCUUUAACCCCUCGCUUCCAAAAACCCUGCAUCCUUCUCCCAUUCUUCUUCUUUGCGUCUUGCUCUGUCCAACUCAACUGGUAGCAUGUCUACCCCAGUCUCUCCAUCUCCGUCUCUGUCUCCCCUGGCCCUGUCCUCCCCAUCUCCCUCCUCCUCCCCGCUCCCCUCUCCUCUUUCUCCUCCCCCCAGGCUGCCAGUCUUCCAGAGGAAGGGGGCUCUCAAGCACAAGAGGGUCAUUGAAGUGAAGGACCACCAGUUCACAGCCCGAUUCUUCAAGCAGCCUACUUUCUGCAGCCACUGCACUGACUUCAUCUGGGGAAUUGGAAAGCAAGGAUUUCAGUGUCAAGUGUGCAGUUUCGUGGUGCACAAACGCUGCCAUGAGUUUGUCACUUUUACUUGUCCCGGAGCCAUUACUGGUCCCAAAGCAGAGGAUCUCAAGAGCAAACACAAGUUUAAAGUACAUACAUACUCCAGUCCCACCUUCUGCGAUCACUGUGGGUCUCUGCUCUACGGCCUCAUACAUCAGGGCAUGAAAUGUACCAGUUGUGACAUGAAUGUACACAAGCGCUGUGAGAGCAGCGUCCCGAGCCUGUGCGGACAUGACCACACUGAGAAAAGAGGACGGAUUCGCCUGACCGUGCGCGGAGAGAAAGAAGACAUAUAUGUUACAGUGCACGAAGCACGUAACCUGAUACCCAUGGACCCUAACGGCCUGUCGGACCCUUAUGUGAAGCUCAAACUCAUCCCUGAUCCGAAGAGCCAGAGCAAACAGAAAACCAAAACCAUCCGUUCUACACUCAACCCUAUCUGGAACGAGAGCUUCACCUUUUCGGUGCGUGGGAGGCAGUGGGACAGGCGUUUGUCUGUAGAGGUCUGGGACUGGGAUCGGACCUCACGGAAUGACUUCAUGGGCGCUCUGUCGUUCGGCGUCAGUGAGAUAUUCAGACGAUCGGUCAGCGGCUGGUUCAAACUACUCAACCAGGAUGAGGGAGAGUAUUAUAACAUCCCUGUACCUGACGCAGACCUGCAGGUACCAGAUGUUGCUCUCAUGCCCUCUGUUCCUCCUGCUCCUGUUACUGUGACGGCGCCUGUUCCUUCUGUGACCCUGCCUGCUCUGAGUCCAGCUCCCACUGCACUGCACAUGAGCAAAGGCCGAGUCAGGCUGCAUGAUUUCAACUUCCUCAUGGUUCUGGGCAAAGGGAGUUUUGGCAAGGUCCUGCUUGCAGAGGAGAGGGGCAGCGAGCGCUUGUUUGCAGUGAAGGUGUUGAAGAAGGAUGUGCUGUUUCAGGAUGAGGACACAGAGAGCGCCAUGGUGGAGAGAAGAGUGCUGGGCCUCGUGGGGCGACCUCACUUCCUGACCUCCCUCUACUGCGCCUUUCAAACCGAGGAUCGUCUGUAUUACGUCAUGGAGUACGUGAACGGUGGUGAUCUUAUGUUUCACAUCCAAAUCGUUGGCAAGUUUAAAGAACCGCAUGCAGCGUUCUAUGCUGCUGAGAUCGCUGUGGGUCUGUUCUUCCUGCACAACAAAGGCAUCAUAUACAGAGAUCUAAAGCUGGACAAUGUCCUGCUGGACAGUGAAGGACACAUAAAGAUAGCAGACUUUGGGAUGUGUAGAGAAGGCAUGAUGGAAGGGGACACCACUCGGACCUUCUGUGGCACACCUGAUUACAUCGCACCUGAGAUUGUGGCGUAUCAGCCGUAUGGUAAAGCAGUGGACUGGUGGUCAUAUGGAGUCCUCCUCUAUGAGAUGCUGGCUGGGCAGCCUCCUUUUGAUGGCAUAGAUGAGGAGGAGCUGUUUCAGUCCAUCAUGGAACAGAGCGUUUCAUAUCCUAAGAGUCUCUCCCGGGAGGCUGUGGCCAUCUGCAAAGGGCUCCUCACGAAGAACCCUGCCAAGCGUUUGGGUGGAGGAGAGGAAGCAGAGAGAGAGCUGCGGGAGCAUCCAUUUUUCCGCUGGAUAGACUGGGACCGGCUGGAGAGACUGGAGAUACAACCUCCCUUCAAACCCAGAAGUGGAGGCAGAAAAGGAGAGAACUUUGAUAAUUUUUUCACAUCGGCCCCCUCUGUCCUCACACCUUCUGACCCGGAUGUUCUUGCCGCCAUAAGUCAAGAGGAAUUCCAAGGCUUCACCUACAUUAACCCCGAAUUUCCCCCCACACCCCUCACAGCUGUCUGAAAAAAACAUCUUUGGACUUUUUCUGCUCCUGUUCACGAUUUAAACUACAGUGACAAAAAAAAAAAAAAAAAGGAUUGUGUAAUUUGACUUCAGCAUGCAUGCAAUAGUCUUAAUUAGACCAGCCAUCACAUUCUAAAAUGAUACCACAUUGAUUUUAAUCAUAUUAACGGUAAAACAACUAAGCAUUAAUAAUAUUUAGCCAGUCCACUUUGAGAGUAUCAGCCUGAAUUAUUUAGGGAUCAGGCAUUCAUGCCAUUAUCUCAUUGGACAAUAAGAUCUUAUUGGAUAUCCCUUUGGAUGCUAGUAGUUGCCAUGACCUAAUUAUAACGGAGUACACCAUAGAAACCAGCAUGAACAUGAUUUCCCCAAUGUUUUAAAGUUCACUUCAAGUAGAUUUUUUUUUUAUCUCAGAUCAAGCUAAUGUGGUUCUGCUUGUCUUUUUGUAAGAUCAUGUUUGGUUUCGGUAACUAAAUAAGUGCAGAGAGGUGAGCAAACACUGGUAAUCCUUUCAUUUAACUGGUAUAGAAACUCUGUAUUAUAAUUUAGGAGUCACACACGUGAUGGCUAGAUGCAAAAAAAAAAAAAAAAAGAUUAAUGCUUAAGCAUAUAAACUAUUUGUUUGUGACAUGAAUGUUAGUGCAUACUGUAUAUCUCUGUAGAUGUGUUAGAAUUCAAUCCAAAUAUGAUUCUAUACAAUCUAUACAAGUUUGUGUCGUUUUAGUAUUUUACAAAAAUACGUUUUUGGGAUCCAUGUUAUUAAUACAAAUGACUUUAUGAAAAACACAAAUUAAGAUAAUUAUGAUUUAUCCCAUAUAUUUAUAUACAUAUCUAUAUAAAGUAUGUGCAGUGUAUUAUAUUAUAUUAUUUCAAUAAUAGAAAUUUUCUAUGAACAUUUUAAACUUCAUCAGCAUUUUUACAUCAGCAUAAAAUAAAAAUGUGCAUGGCAUCAUGUUUUGCAACCUCUAGUUUAAGAUAAAACAUUCCCAAAUGUUAUCAACCAGGUAUUUUGUUUAUAGUGCACAGGAUUAAUUAAAUGAAAUUAACAAUGUCAAUUUGGUCUCAAAAUCUCACAUUUUUGGGUGAAUUCAUUUAGUGUUUUUUUUUUUUUUUUUGUAUAAAUAUGGUUAGGUCUCAGAGAUCAUCAUGCACAUGAUGCCUGACCUGGAAUGACCUACAGUAAGUCAGCACGCUGUGCCCAGAUUGUAAUAUAAUUCUAAUAUAACUUGAAAGUUGCACUGAUGACAAAAUACUGCCAACAGAAAAGUGGGAACAUUUCACUCAUUACAUGGGGACUGUUAAGAAAAAAAGUGUGAAUUUGGAAUGGAAAUAAUUGAAACAUACUUAUUAAUUAAUAAGAAAAUUGAUAACUGCCUGAUUAUUGUCGACAUUCCCCAGCCUUUAAUUUCAGUCGUCAUGUUGCUGGUCUUGUGGUUAUGUAAAUUGUAUAUUUUGUAAAUCAGGCUGUUUUCAGUUCUGCUCCUGGAAGUCCAAUCUCGUUUCUACAGAUUGGUUCCAGCUAUACAGCACACCUGCCAAACGUUCAGAUGAGCAGCCGUGCUUGUUUUGAGGUUGGAACUAAACUCUGUAGUUAGAAUUACAUAAACAACUGUUACAAAUGUUCUAAUUAGUGAAAAAUCCAUGUAUUGACGUAUUUAUGGUAUAUACUAUGUCCCUAUGUGUUUCCAAUCACAAUAAACGAUUCAACCUCAGUAUCAAAGAUAAUUUGAUUAAAUGUGCAAUUGUGCAUAAUAGAUAGAUUUUAGUUUUGAAAUAAAAUAGUAGUUUUGUGUUUUCAAAUUGUGAAAAUAAAAUAGAUGCAGUAAACUGA